ACGCUGUCAGGGCGGGGUCAGUCACUUGCAGACCCGGACUAUCUUGGGGUCUGCAAGAGUCAGACGGGUGGCGCGGCACUGAGCAUUGCGGACGCUAAUUCUCCUGCAGGCAACCAGAAUGCGAACUAAAAGCCCAGGAUACAUGCAUUCCCUAUUAUUAAGAAUUUCUCGUAUCUGGCCUCUGAAAUACAUGUUUAAGAAAAAAGCUAACCUUUCUGAGGAAGUGGAGACUGUGGGCAGUGCUGAGCAGAUAUCCCCAAACAGACGGUUUUUGAGUGGCAAGAAAAGGAUUGGACGCUUGGCCAGACUUAUUCACUUGAUCACUCCGUACUGGCUACAGUGUGCAUUGGGGUACCGUUCUGAACAAAACAUAGUGAAGACCUCGACCUCUAAUGACAUUUGGAAGGCCCCGCUAAAGCUGAAUGAGAAAGGCAGCAAGAGCACACAGGAUGACCUCGAUAUGGAUGAUCAACAUAGCUUGGAGUCAUACGGGACCGAAGAUCUUACAGAUGAGACAGAUGAGGAUGAUGACCCUUCAUAUGAGGCACUUGGAGAUUGGUUUGAAGACUGUAGGAGCUUGCCCAAUUAUUAUGAAAGAGACCGUGAAGACUAUAAAUUAGAGAAUGACACGGAAAGUGAUGUGGAAGUUGAAGAGAUGGAUGGCAUUGUGAUGCUUAAGGAGGCUACACAACCCAAUUAUUAUGAAAGAGACCGUGAAGACUAUAAAUUAGAGAAUGACACGGAAAGUGAUGUGGAAGUUGAAGAGAUGGAUGGCAUUGUGAUGCUUAAGGAGGCUACACAAGACUCCUCUGGCAAUGAGGAGUAACUGCCUGGACCAGAUGGAGAAGAGCAGGAAUAAAGAAUCUGGUGAUGGAACUAGGCCCGGGGGAGUUCUGUGUGCAGAAGAGUUAUUCUCCGCACGUGUUGUAAUAUUUUCUGUUUUAGACAGCAUGGCUGUAUUUAAGUAAAUGUUUGUGUGCUGGUCACCUGCUUUACCAUGUAAUCAACAUGAUGAAUAAUGUUAAACUAGGAUAGAGAUGAAUAAGACUAGCUUCACUGCAGUACACUCCACAAUUAUACAUGCAACUAGGCCUAACAUCCCUGAAAGGCGUGUGACCACCAUGUUUUCUAUACCCUGCCUGUUGUUUAUUUGGGGACUGUAACCCUGUAAUAUUUUGUUACUGUGUUAAUAAAAAGUUUAUUAAUGAU